AAGCGAAGUCACUGCAUCUUAGGAAAAAGCAAACAUUCGCAUCUCGCAGAGCAUGAUGGGCGCGCACCCAAGAAAAUUACUCAGCACUUGUUUUUCUCACUUUGGGAUUUUCCCAAAAUAGUUUCUUCAGUCCAGCUGCCACGAAUCUGGAGCCCCCGACUGACCCACCACAGUCGGAUUUGGCUUUGGGGAAAGCACACCUCGCAGAUCAGCCGGCGGCUCAUUGCCCAGAACCAGAAGGGCGCAGCGUGGGCACGGGGCGGGCCCGGGAGUUGAAACAUUACGAAAUCUUCGGCACAGACUGCCCCUCCUCGGAGGGGAGGAACCCAGACCGUGGGCCUUGUUCUUUUAAGACUCGCAGCACUGGAUCGCAGAACUUAGUCUGCGCCGCGGCUUUGACACUGGCCAGGCUCCACGGGGCGCGCCCCAGGUGGUCCGAAGGCCGGUCCGCCCUGCACGCAGGUGUCCUGCGCGCCCCGCUCAGCCAUGUCGUCCUGCAGCCGGGUGGCGGUGGUGACCGGGGCCAACAAGGGCAUCGGCUUGGCCAUCGCGCGCGAACUGUGCCGGCAGUUCUCGGGGGACGUGGUACUCACGGCGCGGGACGUAGCGCGGGGCCAGGCGGCCGUGCAGCAGCUGCAGGCGGAGGGCCUGAGCCCGCGCUUCCACCAACUGGACAUCGACGACCUGCAAAGCAUCCGCGCCCUGCGCGACUUCCUGCGCAAGGAGUACGGAGGGCUCAAUGUGCUGGUCAACAACGCGGGCAUCGUCUUCUGGGAUAAUGAUCCAACGCCCUUUGAUGUUAAAGCUGAGUUGACACUGAAGACAAAUUUUUUUGCCACUAGAAACAUAUGCAACGAGUUACUGCCGAUAAUGAAACCUCAUGGGAGAGUGGUGAAUAUCAGUAGUUCACAGUGUUUAAGGGCUUUUGAAAACUGCAGUGAAGACCUGCAGGAAAAGUUCCGCAGUGAGACACUCACAGAGGCAGACCUGGUGGAUCUCAUGAAAAAGUUUGUCGAGGACACAAAAAAUGAGGUGCAUGAGAGGGAAGGCUGGCCCAACUUACCUUAUGGGGUGUCCAAGUUGGGGGUCACGGUCUUAUCAAGGAUCCUGGCCAGGCAUCUGGAUGAGAAGAGGAAAGCUGAUAGGAUUCUCGUGAAUGCGUGCUGCCCAGGACAAGUGAAGACAGACGUGACUAAGGAAGUCGGCAUCAGGACUGUGGAGGAGGGGGCUGACACCCCUGUCUACUUGGCCCUCCUGCCUCCUGAUGCUACUGAGCCACAAGGCCAGCUGCUUCAUGACAAAGUUGUGCAAAACUGGUAAACGUCUGCCUCAGAGUUUGAUGCUUAAUAAAUGUUGGUGGAAUGGAAUGAACGAAA